AUGGCUUCUCCAACUUAUCCCAACGACCCUUUUGGUCUCAAUCAAUUUGUGAAUGACAUGUAUGACCCAAACGCCUCGCUGAUGAGCUUCGAUCUGAAUGGAACCAACGAGCCGAGCAUGGCCAUGCCUUCCAACAAUUCCAAUGCAUUUAAUGAUUCCGAGCUCGUGGCUCUGAUCCAGGCCCACAUGGCUUCCAACCAUCAAAUGCCUGCUGACGGCGUCAUGGAGCCGACUCAAAAUGCACGUCCUUUCAAUGAGGCUCAGGCGCCUGUUUCUACUGGCCCCGACAUGAACGUUCCGUCUGCCUCUCUCGAUGGUGACGCCAACAAUACCCAAUACUUGGGUGGCGCUGUCGCUGGUGUCAAUCAGACAAGCCCUGGUAUGACAACCUCUGACCACCAAGUCACGGGUCACGAAGGCAAUGGACAUCAAGUCAAUGAACAGGAUCAUCAGCUCAAUGGCCAGAGCCAUCAGCUCAAUGGACAGAGCAUGCCUGUGAACACUCCUCAACCCGUGACUCCCGGACAGGGAGAUCAGCUCAACGGACAGAGCAUGCCUGUCAACACUCCUCAGCCUAUGACUUCCGGACAGGGAGAUCAGCUCAAUGGGCAGAGCAUGCCUGUCAACACUCAUCAGCCUGUGACUCCCGGACAGGGAGAUCAGCUCAACGGACAGAGCAUGCCUAUGACCCCUCCUCAAUCUGUGACUCCCGGCCAGGGAUACCGAUUCAACGGCCAGAGCAUGCCCGUCAACACUCCUCAGUUUGUGACUCCCGGACAGGGAUACCAAUUCAACGGGCAGAGCAUGCGCCGUGUUCGCGCAAUUGACAACGCCGACUAUGCCAACUAUGUGUCUCCGGUUGUGGCAUCCCGCAAUGGAUCCUCCAAGACGCCAAUGGUCAAGGUGGCCCGCAAUUGCAUUAACAAACUAGCGCAGAAGCGCCCCCAACUUUACCAGCUGACUCCCGCUGCGUCCCGUGGUCCAAAGAAGGGAAAGACAAGCGCGCAGCAGGUUCAGGCGGCAACCGAGUGUCGAAUCUGGCAGUUGGAGGGAAUGAUCCAGAGGCAGAAGAAGGAGUAUUUGAUGCUGGCCGAAAAGUUCAACAAGACUUUGAAGGACCUUCACAAGGCCCAGAAUGAAUUGAAGAAGUAA